GAGAGAAGGUGCUGGUCGUUCGUCGUGAUAAUCUCGCUCUUCGAUCUCAACAUACAUCGCGAUAGAUAGCAUAGACAGUGGAAGGUGAAACAAUAACAAAAAGUCUUCCUGGAUCUUGCAAGUUGGUGCCUCGGAGCAAUUACAUCAUUCAUCCCAAUACGUCCGUUAGGAUGCCUAUCUCGAAUCCUUCGCCUCGGCUUACCGGAAGAGACGAUCAAUCAGAGCCUUGUUCUUAUCCUCGCAAGCAUGCAUGAAUAUUAUCAUCCUUCAAUUUCGCAGGCAAACUAUGAAAUUGUCGCAGAUGGUCUUCUACACCGGUAUUGUGUCUUCCACAUGCGCAAACACGAUGGCCAAAACCCGACUAGACAACUGGUUCAGAAACCAGAUCGAACAGCACAAAGCAUCACAUAUACAUUUCAGUGGAAGACACAAUGUUGUCGACGCAAAUUCGUCUUCCAUACGAGAGAUGAUAGAUUUCGAUUUCAGUGCCCAAGUCUCUGGUUUUGUGGACUUCAGCAUGAUCGAAAUCACAGCAUCCACGAAUGCGAACACAGUCGUGAUGAUGGUCGCUGGAGGGACCGAGGAGGCUAGCGAGGAAGGCCUUCUUCAACAAGCGGUCGAGAAACUAAACAGCAUCUCUUUGUCCGAAUACGAAGGGUGCGCUCUUCUCCUCCGCCAUAGGCGUUUUUGCAUCAGACUGACAAAGUCCAGGGUCACAAUCAUCCAUGAAAUUGUCAAUCGUGAAGUUAUGGCUGCGAGACUGCAGACUUGGGCCAAUCACGCAAGAUACGGUGGCAGAGUACAGUUCGAACAUAAAUCUGUCUCGGCGACUCUCGUGCCAGAGAUGCCGACGUCUAACAAGUCUUGCACCAAUAUUCGAGUCGUUUGGAAAUACAAAUGGACCAAGCCCUCGACCACCAAGAGCCCGGCCCAGCGUAGAUUGCCAUCACGUCCAAACAUAUGUCCAGGACCUCGACUCAAGACCUGGGAAAUGCGGGUGCCGCAUGCGAUGGUGGACGGCGAAAGAGGGGUAAUCGCUUUGGGAGAUGACGUCGUGGGAGGUUCACCCAUGAUCAAGGCGAUGGCGAAGCACGCUUUAUACGAGCCUCUCGCUGCCCAGGGCCAGUUCCGAACGAGCAAGAUCCACAGGUGGGGAAUGGACGAGCCGAAUGGUGAGCCAUCAUAUCUCGGCUACCGGAGCUUUGGUGCAGGUGCGCGGGCGGACCUUCCACCACCUUACAGUGCGUGAAUCGCUGCGCGUCCUUAGGACAGAUCCUGCACAUUUUUAUCCUUGUCUGAUGCGCGUCGCAUUUGUCGCAUGGCCUUUAUGUCGCACACAUAGAUGCGAACAUCGUUCCUGUUCCUCAUGCAAUGCGCACGAGACUUGAAUUGCGAGGUAUCUCAGAAGUAUGACAGUUGUCAGCCGAAUACCCGUAUUACAAUUAAGCUAGUAUGGAUUUUUCUCCCAUGCCGUGAGUGUGUUACAUUCCGAGCUUGGAGUAUCAGGUGAUG